AUGACAUCCACCCGCCUCACGGUGAUGCAGCGUCUUCGGCCUCUUUGCCGACACUUCACUGCCGUUGCGCGAAAGCCAGUGACGGCAGUGAGCUGUGUGGAUGGGCAGCCGCAAUCGGUGGCAGCAGCGCGGCUCUUGUCGCGCAUGCUCCAGAACGGGGACUCUGCUUGGGUCUACCGUGCAGUCAAGUCCACACAGCAGGCUUCGCCGGAGGAAGCGGAGAAGCACAGCAGCAGCGAGAAUGCGGCGCAGAGCGAGGCCGAGACAGUCGCGAAGGCGCUGCGAGAGGCUACGGGCCUGGGAGAGGCCAUCCGGACCCACGUGCACACGGUGAUGUCCCCGGGGGCGGCGGUGAUUUCCUUCGUGGGCCGGAAAGGGGCGGACAUGGUGGCCAUGGGCUGCCAUGGGCCGGGCCGCGUUCUGCACAGGUCGCUGGCCAGCUAUUUGAUGCAGAGCUACGGGGACAUCCGGCUGCUGGUUUGCCCCCUGCAGGAGUGGCGGCCCUCACAGGAGAAGGGCCUCAAGUACACCGUGGUCUACGACGGUUGCACCACCAGCCAGCACGCCUUGGAGGUCCUAGCCAGUUACACCACCAGCGAGGACACCGUGGAGAUCCUCCACGCGCACGUGGCGCCGCAGCCCGCCUCCCGCGGCAAGUUCCGGAGCUCCACGCCCAAGCCCUCCGAAGAGGAGGUGCAAAAGGCCGCGCAAGACUCAAUGCGACUCUUCAAUGAGGCGAAAGAGAUCCUGAAAGGAGUAAAGGAGGUGAAGGGAACGCACAUCGAGGUGCUUCCAGGGCAACAGCUGGGUGAGAUGUUGCUAGACACAGCCAUCCGGAACAGCUGCGACGUGCUGGUUGCUGGAACUAAGUGCAUGCCUGGCAUCGGCACCUACUUCGACAGCUUAUUGAAGGGGAGGACCGUGGUGGGCGUGCUGAAGUCUUCACUCACAACGCACUUGCUCAACAACGCGGUGGAAGUGCCAGUCCUGUACAUUAACUGA